AUUUCCAUGGAGCAGUGACGGUUUAAUACUGAGUAAUGACUGGACCGAGCAGUAAGAGGAGGGUGGUCAGGUAUUUCUGCACCGCCGGAAACGGGAUGGAGAUGUUUGUAGUGGAAGAGCUGAAGAAGAAGCUGGAGGCUGAAGAUGUGUGUCAUUUGCCAGGAAAAGUGAUUUUCAGCUCCUCUGCAGGGAUCGAUACAAUCAGGAAGCUAAAGGCUGCAGAGAGACUAUUCCUCCUGUUGAAACAAGACUCACCUUUAAAGCUAUUUCCUCACACCAGCCCAGCAAAAGCAGCCUAUCUACUGCAGUCAAAGCUGUUGGCUGACAUGAAUGAAUGGACACAUACUGUAAUGAUGUGGAAAUGUCUGCAGGGGGAGCUAAUAGACAGAGAAACUCCUGAAUGCACACCAGGCACUGUUGUAGGAGUGAAAAGGAAAAGGGAGGAGGCAAGCAAGGGUAAGGAGGACAGGGAAGAGAAAGAGAAGUGCGAUGGGGUAUUCAUUAAAACUAAGGAACAGAGGGACGAGGAGAGCAGGAAUGGGAGGGUUAGUGACGGACAGAAUGGAGCAGAAACAUCAAAGAAGAAGACAAAAACAUCAGAGGAGGAAAAAGAAGAUGAACGGGUUGAGAUGGAUGAGGAAAACACAAAUAGUGUGAGGACUACUGCAGGUCCAGAUAAGACACUACUGCAGCCCAGCAGGGACAAACCAGAAAUGCCUUUUCCAGUCUCUUUUAGAAUCAGCUGCAAGUGUAGCGGUGGUCUGGCACGAUACUUCAGCACACAGCAGGUGAGCCAAGUGAUGGGUUCAAGUCUGAGCAGAAUGCUGGGAUGGAAGGUUGACCUCAGAAAUCCACAGUUGGAAGUAAAUAUCUAUUUGAGUGAUGACCAGUGCCUGCUAGGAAUUCCAUUGACCAGAUUGCCUCUUGCUAACCGGAACUACAUUAAAACUACAGGACUGAGGUCUACAGUAGCCUGGGCUAUGGCCUCAGUGGCCCAGAUACAGCCGGGUUUCUGUGUGGUUGACCCCAUGUGUGGGGUGGGAACCAUCUUAAUAGAGGCAGCAAAAGAACAUGAGGACGCCUGUUUCCUGGGGAUGGACAUUGAUGAAGGGCAGCUGCAGAAGGCCAAUGAGAAUGUAGCAUUUGCAGAACUGGAAAACAGAAUACAACUACUAAAAGCUUCAUCGAUGGCGUUACCUUUGCAGAGUGCUAGCGUAGACGCUGUUGUGUGUGACCUUCCAUUUGGCAGGAAGUUUGGCACUAAAACGGACAUGGCUGCCAACUUGCCACUCAUCCUUAUGGAGAUGGAGAGAGUCCUGUGUGUUGGUGGUACGCUGGUUCUCCUCCUGAGUCCCCAGUUAUCGAGCCUACUGAAAAAACUCCAGGCACGGGACAGCAUUGAACCAAACUCCUUCCAAGAAAUGAAGCCUCAAACUGAGACGCAAGACUGUCCAUCUGUUGUGGUGUCUUCUACAAAGCAGCAGACUUGCAAAGGCCACAAUAUCGAAUUAUCAUCUACCCAGGGAGCAGAACCUCAGACUGGGACACACCACAGUUCUCGUCACUUCUCCUCUCUGAGGCACGACACAACUCUGAGGGUCAGCUUAGGAACAAUAGACGGACUCAUACACAAAUAUGUCAAGACAGGGAACUCAUUUAUUAAGUGAUUACUUACUUUUUGUUACACUUUUUAUAUACAGUAUUGUUCAUGAAAGUAUCAAAUAAAAACAAUGUGACGUGA